AUGUCAUCAAGAAGUGAAAGAGCAUGUAUGCUCUGUGGUAUAAUCCAACCAUUCAAGAAGUUUGUUGAUCAAGGAUGUCCAAAUUGUGAAGGUCUUUUACAUUUCCAAGAUAAUGAGGAUGGACAAGUUCAAGAAUGUACUUCACCAGCAUUCGAAGGUUUAGUGGCAUUGGGUAGUGAUAAUAGAAACUCAUGGGUAGCAAGAUGGCUAAGAAUAGAUUCUUUCGCAUCGGGUCUUUAUGCUGUAAAAGUUAAUGGUAAAUUACCUCCUGAUAUAAUAAGUGAAUUAGAAAAUCAAGAUGUUGUGUAUAGACCUAGAGAUGGAAGUGCCGAAGAUUGA